AUGGCGACUGCGACCAUAACUUCGGCUGCACCAACGAGCACCAGCACAAGUGCCCCGGACAUCCCUUCAAAGCAUCCACUUUCUUCCAGCUCUAUUCUUCCAUCCCCUUCAUUGGACGCCUUCAUAAUGUCCUCUCCCCGCAACAUUUCAUCAAAUACUUCCGCGUUGACACGUUCUCCAAGUGCUUCUGAGCUCUCGUCAGGAAGCCCGGACAGCCCAGGGGAGCUCGAUCCACGGAUAUUGGAAGCGCUGCGAGGAAAGGAUCGCUUAUUUGUACUGAAGCUGGGUGAGCAGAUGGAAAGUCUCAUCCAAGAUCGCAGGGCCCGAAUGGAUUUAACACCGGCAACUUCGUACCAGCGGCUGCUAGUUCACAGGUGUUCUGCUUACUACAACCUCUUCCCUGAGCCCGAUAACGCAACUAAAAGCAUCGCGGUGCAUUGGCGACCCGAGAGCAAAAUUCCUGCCCAAAGAAUGAUUGAACUUGUUCCAGUAGAACAUCCUACACAGCCUGCAUUCAGAAUUAUGCAAAGAGGCACUCAGGACGGUACAAAGAGCCGACAAAACUCUCAGGCAGGCUCAAUCGCGGGCGAAGAGGCCGAUUUAUCAGAUGUCGAGCCGUCAGAAGCGGGUAGUAUUGGUGGCCGUAGUAACAUUACAGGAGGCAGCACGAAGAAGCAUCGGACCCUGGAGGAACGCGAAGCCGCCUAUAACGAGGCACGAAACCGUAUUUUUAUGAAGUUUGAAGAAAAGGAAAAGGAGAAGGACGCGAGCGCUAAUUCAUCGACACUGAGUCUAUUUUCCGGCACUGGUUCCACCGGCGGAGGCCGUAGUAAUAGUAUUGGCGAUUUGGACGAUUCUGCUAGCUCGCUCGCCACAGAAAGUGAAUGGUCUGGUCCAGCUACUCGUGACAAGAGGGAUUCUCGCAUUGGUGGAUCUGGGGGAUCGUCUACUCAGUCGCUCAGGUCCUCGAACACAUCAUACAACAACGGCUCUGGUAGCUCAAGGGACUCCAGAACAACUUCACCAUCCUUCACCUAUGCAUCUCUGUAUGAGCCACCUGCUGUGGGCGAAUAUGGUAACCACCCUCCUCCCGCUGGCUACUUCACUCCCUACUACUACCCCCCGUAUGCUGGCCAGCCAUCAGGUUCAUCAUAUGGAUACCCAUAUUACCUCCCGUACGGAGGUUACAGUGGUCCUCAUAUGCCCGACGCAUCUAGUCAUAUGCCUACUGAAUCGAUGUAUUCUCUCCCCCAGCAGACAACACCACCACAGCUGCCAUAUAUGUCCUAUAUGUGGCCACACCCGCCAGCAAACCAGUCCGUACCUCAGCCUCCUGUUCAGCCUCAGAGUCCGUUGAACACUGGCCUUAAUCUCCCCCAUACAUCUCAUCCAUCAUCGCCGCCCCCGCCUCAAAACGUCAUUCAACCUGCAUAUCCACCUUACAUGCCUCAUCCACAAUACAAUCCUUACACUAUGCAAGGCUAUCCCCCGCAUCCGCAUCCGCCUCCCCCACCCCCUUUCCCGCCCAACAACCAGUACGGACUCCCCUCAGGACCGCCCUCAGAUCAAUCAUUGUACAUGCCGGACACAAUUACCAACAAUGGAUUCAUUCACGGCGGUGGAAGCGGGACUGGGAGCAACAACCAUAGUCGUGCAUCGUCGCGGAGCAGUAACAGUCAUCAUGGUGGCAAUAAGCGUGGCGCUCCCCGGGCUCGUGGAUCAUGGAGUUAUGGCCCUGGUACCGCUAACAAUGGAUUUACAUUCAACACCAGCGGCAUUGGAGGGAGUAUAGGUCCCGGCGACACAGUAGGCCCAAGACUCAGUUCGAAUUUCAGAAGAAUUUCGGGAGCAUCUAGCACCAGUGGGAGUGCAGGAACGCGAACCCCCGGCGACGAGGCAUCUUCUACUGCGUCUUCUUCCACAUCGUCAUCGUCUCGGCAAACGUACACGUCCGCAUCGUCGAAGCAUCCGCUGCCUCCUCGACCAGAUUGGGCAGUUGGAUUGAAGGCCCAACCAGGCCUCCAUCCACCACGAAAUCAUGAUCACAAUAACGCACAUUCAAGGAACAUGUCGCCGGCACGAAUUGGUGGGCAGCUGCAUCUAGCUCAAGCAUAUCAGUCCCAGCCCGAGUUGCAGUCAAAUGACUUCCCACCGCUGUCGUCUGGCCCCGAACGACGCCCACCAGUUGGCGGUGCAUGGACAAACGCCUCAUCCAUGCGAUCUAUCAUGACGCCGGGGUCGCAGAGUAGUUCCACUCAGCAUGGUUCGGCGCUAGUACAUUAUCCCAACUCAAAUCAAACAUCUCAGAACUCUAUUCCUCGGACAGAUGACCAGGAGUCUGGAUUCGAGCGGCCGCCGCCCAAGAGCAAUGCUGAGUUGUUCAACCCCAAGGCUAGCAGUCGCACUGGGGUGUCGAAUGGAGCGGGUGAUCGGGGGGUCAAGACGGGUUCAGUCGAGACACAAGACGAACACGGGCAGGAUGGGGCGGACGCAAGCUUGGUCAAGUUGGUGGGAUCCAUGACGCUAGAUAGUCCCAUGGACUUUGAUAGGUCUACUUUGUGCAUGAGGCGGCCUCCGUCAGCUGUUCCAUCACCUCCAGAUGAUUUGAAUGGCGAAGCUAACGGAACCUCAAACCAUUGA